UCUCAUCUAUAUAAACACUCGAAACCUUCCCUGCUUUCAAACAUACUUAAACAGCAACUGCAAGGAUCACAACAAUAAGACAUCAUACUGUUUGAUGCAAUAUACUAUAAGCAGAGGAGAUCGGCAUAUGAAAAUGGGUGUGUUCGCUUACAUUGUUGUGAUGACUCUUCUCUCAUGCAUGUUGGUGUUUUUCUUGAGAAGGAAUAAGAUUAGGAACCCUAAACAAAGAGCUAAACUUCCUCCUGGUUCAAUGGGUUGGCCUUAUAUUGGAGAAACACUUCAACUCUAUUCUCAAAACCCAAAUGACUUCUUCUCUUCUAAGCAAAAAAGGUACGGAGAGAUAUUCAAGACCCAUAUACUAGGUUGUCCAUGUGUAAUGUUAGCAAGUCCAGAAGCUGCUCGUUUUGUUCUGGUUACUCAAGCGCAUUUGUUCAAACCCACUUACCCAAAAAGUAAGGAACUCAUGAUCGGUCCGUCUGCUCUCUUUUUUCACCAAGGUGAUUAUCAUUCCCAGCUUAGGAAACUAGUUAAGAGCUCUUUGUCUCCGGAUUCUAUCCGCAAUCACGUUCCCCACAUUGAAUCUGUUGUCCUUUCUACAUUGGAUUCCUGGGAUGGUUGUGGCGUAAUUAACACCUUCCAUGAAAUGAAGAAGUUCUCUUUCGAUAUCGGUAUAGUCUCCAUUUUUGGCGAUCAGUUGAAUGAAUACUAUAAAAAGGAGUUGAAGAAGAAUUAUGCCAUAGUAGAUAAAGGCUACAAUUCUUUCCCAACAAACAUACCGGGAACUUCAUACCGCAACGCAGUAUUGGCGAGGAAGAGAUUGAAUGAAAUUCUAAGUGAGAUAAUUACUGCUAGAAAGGAGAAGAUACUAAUGGGGAAAGAUCUCUUGGGUAGUCUAAUGAACUCUAGAGACGAAAACGGACAAGCCUUGACAGAUAACCAAAUUGCAGAUAACAUAAUCGGGGUGUUGUUCGCUGCUCAAGAUACUACAGCUAGUAUGCUUACUUGGACUUUGAAGUUCCUCCAUGAUGACCCAAAACUUCUCGAAGCUGUAAAAGCUGAACAGAAGGCCAUAUAUGAAUCAAACGAUAAAGGUAUCCGACCGUUGACGUGGACACAAACUAGAAGCAUGGUUCUAACUUAUAAGGUCAUACUAGAGAGUUUGAGGAUGGCAAGCAUUAUAUCAUUCACAUUUAGGGAAGCAGUGACUGAUGUAGAGUAUAAGGGACAUCAUAUUCCAAAAGGUUGGAAGGUGAUGCCUUUAUUCAGGAAUAUUCAACAUAACCCAGAAUUUUUUUCUGAUCCUCAGAAGUUUGAUCCCUCUAGAUUUGAGGUUGCACCAAAACCCAAUACUUUUAUGCCGUUUGGCACUGGUGUACAUGCAUGUCCUGGUAACGAACUUGCCAAGCUGGAGAUACUGAUUUUUAUCUACCAUCUUGUCAACAGAUAUAGGUGGGAAGUGGUGGGAUCACACAGUGCGAUUCAGUAUGCCCCGUUUCCAGUCCCUCAACAUGGAUUGCCAGCCAAGUUUCAGAAAGAAUGAAUCCAUAGAUAGAAUGGGAUGUGCAAAAUAGCAUAUCUCUCUCCAUUCAUUACUAAGAAAAAAAGAAUCUAACCCCUGUCACAUGUAUCAUCUGCAUUUUCAUUAUCCAUUUCACUCAGUAAUUCUUGGCUCUCUAUCUUCUAUUCAAUUGGUCCCCCCACCCAUGGAUGUUUACUGUAGUCUUUCCAACUUGUAAGUGUAACCUGUUGAUGAGUAUUGAUGGAAAGAAAGGGAAUAUUUUGGAAAAAAAAAAAUUUUGUGGUUGGUCUAGUAGAAUCUACCAUUGCUAAAACUACUACUGGAGUUUCAUGAAUCAAAUGUUAACAUUAUUCACUGAUAUAAUGCCAUUUGGCGAACUCUAGAGACAUGAAAAGACGUGGGCAUCACAUGAACACGUUCGUAGCAGAGGCUGCGAAUAAACCACACGUCGCUACUAUGAUUGGCCAAGUAAAAAGAGCUGCACUGUGAGUGUUCCCUAAGCUGGAGGGCACCAUCUUAUGAAGACACACACAGUUCUCUGAUAUUUGACAUCAUUGUGGGUCCACUAAGAAACUAAGCCACAUUUUGAUGCUACUCUUUCUUAACCA